AUCGAACACUUUACAUGUUGUCUUCGUUGACAACAGCAAACAUGGCGGACUCAAACUCCUCUGUUCGCAUCUCCGGAUUUGUUCUUGGUUCAUUGAUGUUUCAGCACUUUAACAGUGAUUCUGAUGUGGAAGGUCUCAUUCUUGGGGAGAGCAAAGCUGAAGCGAGAAGCAACAUCACUGAUUCUCAAAUCGACAACAUACAGUUUGAGCAUACAAUAAACAUUCAGAAACAUAUAUCCUGUCGCAAGCUCAAUAGCUUCUAUAAUAGAAUAGGGGAGGUGAACCAGGAUGAAGUAAGGUACCUUUUAUCCAACAAUAAGGAGGAGAAUGUGAUUGGUUGGUAUAAACAGCGGAGAAACACAGAUCAACAAAUUACCUUCAGAGAGCAGGUAGUCCAUGAGAACCUGAAGAGAGCACUCUCCAAUCACGAGCUGAUCUUUCUGCUCCUGACACCCAGUGAAGUCACAUCAUCAGGCUCCACUCACAAACUGGAGUAUGCAGUCUACAGAUCACAUUGCAGUCAGUACCGCAGCGUUCCUGUCCUGGUCAGCAACCUGGGUUUGUUGGAACAGCAGGACUACUGGAGACUGUCUGCAUCUUGUUCAUCAGUCAACUACAACCGUGCUGUUUGGAAACACAGAUCUAGAUUCUUCUCCUUAGAUGGAUCCCUGCAGGAGGUGGAUGAGAUUAAUGAAAUGAACAACUCCUUGCAGGUUGAACUGAAGACGGCAUGUAAGAAAGUGGAGGAGAGUGAGCGAUUGGUCGAGGAGCUGCUUGAAGAUGUUUCGUCUCUAAGGAGGACUGUCAGUGAGAGGAAACAAGAGCAGAAAGAAACAGAUGGAGACUCCACUCCAGCCCAGUCUCAGGAGAAUGUACUGCUCUGUGAGGCCAUUAAGACACUGUUCCCUGGGGCAGCUCUCCUCCAAACACAGGCUCUAACCUUCCAGGGGUUCCCCGUGCCCGAGUUCUGCUGUAACACUGACCAUGGCAUAGACAUCACCACGACACUGCCUUUGAUCCUGACUCAUACAGUCCCCAAAGCCAGGAAGGGGAGGCUUGGUAGAGGCGGAGCGACGUCCUGGAGAAAACAUCCCCUUUGUGAAUCAUCCGAAGCGCCCAAGAGGAGGAAACGCAUGCUGGAGGAGACUGAGGGGUCUUCAUUGUCAGUCAGUGGGUCAGAAACCGAGGAGGAUUUGAUACCAGCCAAUCAAAACUGAAAUAAUUUAGACGUCUAACUCCCCGGUCUUCGGAAGACAACAAUGUACCACUCGAGUGAUUACUUUGCAUAAAAAGUAGGUUAGUGUAUGGAGUAUAGGAACAUCUGUGAUGUUCCUCUAUAUCGGUCCCCUCUCAAUUACUGAAAACUUUAUAUUUUUAGGGAUGCCUUCAAUUUGCUUAUUUUGGGGGUAAAAUGUUAAAUUUUUUAAGAACUGUCCAAGUCCUUGAAAUUAAAAGAGUGAUAUAUAUAUAUAUAUAUAGUUCAAGCUGUAAUUGAACUUGUACAUAAUUGCAUUAAAUUAUUUUCACAUGUG